AUUUUUCGCUGUCCCUCGUCUCUCUCGAUACUGCCACUAUAAAUUCCUCUCUAAACCCCUUUACCAUUUCUAUUUUCGAACCCAGGCCACAAAAUUUCGAUCCCUCACUGGAUUCAUACUUUGAUCAAAUUUCACCAUGGAAGCUGUGACCAUGAAUUCGGUGCCGCCAUUUUUGAGCAAGACUUACGACAUGGUGGAUGACCCCUCAACCAAUUCGGUGGUGUCGUGGAGUAGCAGUGAUAACAGUUUUGUAGUGUGGAAUGUGCCGGAGUUUCAGAAGGACCUUUUGCCUAAGUAUUUCAAGCACAGCAAUUUCUCUAGCUUUGUCAGACAGUUGAAUACCUAUGGUUUCAGAAAAGUUGAUCCAGAUCGCUAUGAAUUUGCAAAUGAGGGGUUCUUAAAAGGGCAAAAGCAUCUCUUGAAGAGUAUAUCUAGGAAAAAGUCUCUUAAUGGACAGAGUACUCAACCCCCUCAGGUUCAGAGCUCUAAAGUUUCAGCAUGUGUUGAAGUUGGAAAGUUUGGACUUGAGGAAGAGGUUGAAAGACUAAAACGGGACAAGAAUGUGCUCAUGCAGGAACUUGUUAGAUUGAGGCAGCAGCAGCAAGCUACAGAUAACCAGUUGCAAACUGUAGGGCAACGUGUUCAGGCAAUGGAGCAGCGGCAACAACAGAUGAUGUCAUUCCUUGCAAAGGCCAUGCAAAGUCCAGGCUUCUUAAAUCAGCUUGUACAGCAGAAUAAUGAAAGCAACAGACUUGCUGCUGGGGGCAAUAAAAAGAGGAGACUUCCCAGGCAGGAGGAAGAAAAUUUGGCAGUCAAGACCGGCAGUAAUUCUCCCAAUGGGCAGAUUGUAAAAUUCCAUUCUUCUAUGAAUGAAGCAGCAAAAGCAAUGCUGCACCAGAUCCUGAAGAUGAAUUCAUCAUCUAGGCUGGAACCAUCAAUAAACAAUUCUGCGCCUUUCCUGAUUGGUAAUCUUCCUUCUUCCAGUGCAUUAGACAGCAGCAAUACUUCAAGUCGAAUCUCAGAAUUGAUGCUUUCAGAUGUUCAAGCAUCAUUUUUGCCUGUUGAGUCAGCUUUUUCUGCCAGUCAUCCAUGUCAUGCCGUUUCUGAGGUCCAAUCUCCUUCUUGUGUUGUAACUGACCAUGUUAAAACAGAUUUUAUUUCUGAGAUGAAAAUGCAUAAUUCUGGGCAAGAUGCAAUUCUGCCUAAUUUUGCUGAGAGACAAGGAAUUAUGUCAGAAAUCUCCGCUGGAGUUCCUAAUACAAAUUUUGUCGAUCCAGAGACGGGGGUUGGAGAGAACACCACACUAAUGCCGCCUGUCUUGGAUGUAGCAAUUCCUGAAGAAACUGAUGCCUAUUCUUCCAAUCAGGACACAGAUAUCUUGAUGGAUGGUAUACAUAAGCUUCCUGGCAUUAAUGAUGUAUUCUGGGAACAGUUUCUUGCAGCAAGUCCAAUCACAGUGGACACAGAUGAAAUUAAUUCAAGCUCACUGCUUAGCGGCAUGACCAGAGAACAGGAAUUGCAAUCAUGGCAGGAGAAUGGCCAGGACAAUAUUCAACAUAUUAAUCAUCUUACUGAACAAAUGGAGCUUCUUACAUCAGAGGGCCAGAUGGGGUGAAUUUUCACCAAUUGUAUAUAAGUUUAUUUCUAUCAAAGAGUUGCUGUUCUGCACUGCCCAGCAUGCUAAAGCUUUUGCUUUUCUGAGGGAUGGCAAGGCAAACUUUUUCCCCCUUUUUUUAAAGUUUAACAGACUUAUUUCCACCUUUAUCAACUAUGAUAAUAUUGUCUCCGUUCUGCGUUACCCUUUUCAUUUUAAAUAUAUGAUGCAGUGUUUUGUGGUAAAAAUGGAAUUUGUAUGGAAAUUCCUGAUAGACAGAUAGAGUUCCUUUAAUGCCCAAGAAGCAAGCAUUGUUAAGUGCUGAUUUGAACCA